AUGGAAAUCACCGAACGAAAUGGGGCCAUAUCCCAAAAUGAUCGAUCUCAUCUCAUCAAAGGAAUCCUAUUGCUCAUUUUUGGAAUCACUCUCGGAAUCAUCGCCACAGUCGCUGUAUUCCAAAUUUAUUGCAAGGAUGAGGAGAUUCAAGCAGUCAGACUUCUCAAAAUUUGUCGAACCGAAUUAACCAACGCAAAACAAGAACAAUCCGAGACAGCCAGACUUCUCUCAACUUGUCAAGAGACUUUGUCCAAAACAAUCCUUGACCACAAGCAAAACCUCACAACUUGCUUGGAUAAGCACCAGCAACUGACGAAAGAGACAGAUCAACAAAUGGAGAAAGUGAUAGCCAACGCAAAACAAGAACAAUCCGAGCCAGCCAAACUUCUCUCAACUUGUCAAGAGACUUUGUCGAAAGCAACCUUUGAUCACAAGGAAAAUCACACAACUUGCUUGGAUAAACAUCAACAACUCAUGAAAGAAAACGAUGAACAAAUCGAGAAAUUAAAAACCUCAUCAAAACAAGAACAAUCCGAGAUCGCCAAACUUCUCACAACUUGCCAAGAGACUUUGUCCAAAACAAUCCUUGACCACAAUAAAAAAUUAGUCGGAGUGAGCGGUGAAACCAGUGCAACGGCUACACCAGAUCCUAGAGCGAAUGGCUGGACAUAUUUUGAGAUAACGAAACGAUGGUACAAGACUCAAACAUUGCUCACUUUGAAAUCAUAUUUAGCAAGAAACAAUACUGGCUCAUGGUGGCUCUGGAUAGGAUUGGAGAGAAGCCUACGCGAUCCCAACAAGUUCCAAUGGACCGACUGGAGCAGCGUUGAGUAUCAAAACUGGUCGCCCGACGAGCCGAACACUCUCAGCGAAACCGGAGUGGCUAUGAAUCUCCGACACCCUGACCUGCUGGCCACAUGGAACGAUCUCCCUGCCGGUCUCAACACCGGUCACACGCCCAUCGCUUUUAUCUGCAAAAAGACA